AUGAAGAGGCUGAAGAAAGGCGACGAGGUUGUCAUCACCUAUCUGGACGAGAGCAAGGGCGCAUUGACCAAGAGCGCCAGGCACGAUGCCCUGUGGCGCAAGUUCCUCUUCCACUGCCGGCGCCUCGGCGGUUUCGCAUGCCAUGGCGGCAUGGCCAUGCCCUCGCCCAGGAAGAAGCUCGGGUGCGGCAUCUGGUUGUAG